AUGCGUUCAAUCCCAACUCGUCAACUCGAGCAAGUGCACACCACAAGUCACCGCAAUGGUACCCUCGAAACCAUGACGAUCAAGAUGAUUCGACAACGCCUGGACGAGGAUCACGGUUGGACUUGCGAGGACGAGGAGUGGAAGGAACUCAAGGGGGACAUCAAGCAGUGGUGGGCUCAGCAGGAUGUGGUGAGUGUUUCGGAGGGGUUGGUGCCUCAUUGGUUUGGAGGUUGGGGUGUGUACUUAUGACUUGAAUUGUGGGUGGAUUUGCACAGCCUACGACGAGUCCCGCAAGCUCGCCGGUCAAGAAGUCCGUGGGGAAGAAGGGGACAACGACCAAAGCGAAGGCCAAAACAAGUGAUGUUGAAGAACACGAGCAAGAAGUGAAGCCACCAACGAAGAAAUCGAAACCCAAGGCUUCGACCAAGUACGACCGAGCAGCGAACAAGAACCUCAAUGUUAGUCCGAAUGUCGUUCAAAGCAGCGCGACGCGACGCGUCAUUUCUGCCUUGUGGUCACGAGCUGAUGAGGGACAGUUUCCGUACAGACAUUUGUGGGGGCCGUCUUUGGUGGUAGCGGUGCACUUGGUGAUAUGGAUGAUGAGGAUGAUGAGGUGGACGAGGAUGAGAAUGAUAUGGAUGACUUUAUUGAACCUGAGGAAGGGCGGCUCGGCCGACCCGACAACGGAGGUAGCGGCUCGGACGAUGACGACGACAACACCGCAUCCGAGACUUCGACACCUCCUGCUCAGUCCAAGUCGGGCAAACCUGCAGUUCGAGAAGCUAAUUCGGAGGUUCAGUCGAAGAAGGCGUCCAAGAAGAGUUCAACAUCGACCAGCUUCAAGUCGGCCGAGACGAUCGACGAUUCAGACGAUUCGAGUGCUACGCCUCGGAAACAACGACGGGCUGUCGCUAGCGAUGCAGAGGAUGGCGAGGAAAAGCCUCGGAAGAAGAAGAAGAGGGCUUCGGAAGAUUCGAGUUCGAAGAACAAGACUGGGUCCGCGAAAGAGAAAGGGAUGACAUCGAAGAAGUCUUCGGCUAGUGGGCCAGCGCCGAAGGAAGGUGAUGCAGAGAAGGGGACGGAUGAAGAAGAAGCGAGGAUCAAGAAACUCAAGGUCAGUCUCGCUUCCGUAGUUGAGGAUGGCUUCAAAAAGCCUGAGAAGCCCCACGACUGACUUGGGCAAGCGUCGAACAUAGGGCUUGGUCGCUGCCUCAGGGACGACUCGGCCUUUCAAUGCCUCGACUGGAGCGGAGCGGACAUUAUCGGUCAAGGCGAGGACGGAUCUUUUGGAAGGACUUUUGAGAGAGGCAGGGCUCAAGUGCGGCAGUGGGCUCCGUGGGAUGUUGCCGAGCUUGGCCCAUGCGAAGAAAGUUGGCGAGAAGAGGGAGUUGAUGAGGGAGAUGGAGGUGAGUGCUUUGAAAUGAUCUCUCGGCCCACUGGGCAGUGCAGGUCGUUACAUGAUAUACCCUAUGUCCAAUCUGAUCCAACCUCCCUUCUUCGCACGCUCUACAGGAACUCUCCGGCGCCCCCAUCUUGACCGGACUCCGAACGGGGAAAAAGCUGCCCACUCGAGCUGCCGAUGAUGACGAUGACGAUACCAGGAGUGGUAGUGAUACUGAGGGCGAAGGCAAAGUCGUUGCUCCAAAACGCAAGUUCGGGGCUUUCCUCGGCGAUCAGAGUAGCGAUUCGGAGUGA